AUGAUUUUAAUAAGGAUUUUAAUGAACCUAAUUCCUAUGGUUGUUGAAAGAAAAAAUAACGAGGAACGUUAUUUUGAUAUUUAUUCUAGACUACUAAAAGAGAGAAUAAUAUUCCUUUCUGGGCCAAUAAAUGAUGAUGUAGCAAGUGUUGUAGUAGCACAAUUACUAUUUUUAGAGUCAGAAAAUUCCAAAAAAGACAUAAGUUUAUACAUAAAUUCUGUUGGUGGAAUUAUAACAUCUGGUUUAGCAAUUUAUGAUACAAUGAAUUUCAUAAAACCAAACAUAAGUACUGUUUGUAUUGGACAAGCUUCUUCCAUGGGAUCGCUGCUUUUAUGUGCAGGGGCAAAAGGUUUAAGAUACUCUUUACCAAACUCCAGAAUAAUGAUACAUCAACCAUCAGGCGGAUACCAAGGACAAGCAACUGACAUUGAAAUACAUACCAAAGAAAUAUUAUAUCUAAGAAAAAAAAUCACUGAUAUUUAUUCUAAACAUACUGGAAAAUCAACCAAGGUAAUAGACAAUGCUUUAGAGAGGGAUAAUUUCAUGUCUCCAGAUGAAGCAUUAAGUUUUGGAUUGAUUGACAAAAUAGUAUCAGAUAAUAUUUUAGUUGAAAAAUAA